AUGGUGGCCACCGUGCUGGACGGACCUGACCGAGUCACAGCGGACUCCAGGCUAGAGUCGCUGUGGGUCCAGAUCGGCACGGGCCCGCAGAAGGUAGUAAUCUGCUCCCUCUACCGGCCGCCGGUGCAGACACAGGUCCGUGUCACCGCGGACCUCGACAUACUGGAGCAGCAGCUGCAGCACCACAUCACUCGCCACAGCGGACCGAUCGUCAUAGCCGGCGAUAUUAAUAUCAACACCGCGGACGGCGGCAGCGCUACGGCUACCAGACUCCGAGAGCUGUUUACCGCCUACGCAGUGCACCAGCAUAUCGACGGUGCUACGUUCCGGUCAUCAGGCUCCACCAUCGAUGUGAUCGCAACGAAUCGUGGUGUUGAGCGGGCCGGGACGCUGCACUGUCACUACAGUCCUCACAACUGGUGCCGUGCGGUGGUGCCGACCCCGGGCCGCCGACCGGAGCGGUGCACUCUGGCAGGACGGAGCUGGCGCAAACUGGACACCGCCGAGGCGUGCCGCCGCCUGUGGGCCGUGGACUGGAGCCCUGUGUACCGCAGUGCUGACCCGGGCGAGCAGUGGGACUAUUUUAUCGCGGUGACUAUGCCCAUUAUUGACAGUCUGGCCCCGGCCAGACGGUUCCGAGUGCGUAACCCGACGGCGCCCCCAGUGACGGAAGCCACAAAGGACCUAAUGGCCCGGCGGCGGGCGGCGCUACGUGCCUCAGAUCGUGCCUUGUAUAAGGAACUGAACCGGCAGGUUAGGUCGGCCGUCCGCCGUGACACGCGAGAGGAGAUCGACCGGCGCGUGCGGGAGAGCGGGCCGAGCUCCUUGUGGCGCAGUGUCCGGCCGGUCAUCGCGGGGAAGCGGACGACCAAACCUUCACCGGACGCUGACACGGACGCAGUUAACCAGUACUUCGCCAGUAUUGGGACCGCCACGGCCCGACAGGUGGACUCCGCGGGGCCCGAGCUGGCGGUGCGGCUGCCGCGCGUUUCCACCGGCCGUUUCCAGGUGGCACCCGUUACACCGGAACAACUGUCGUGUAUCGUUGAUCUGUCCAAAUGCUUUGACGUCGUACCGCACGCCGGACUUUUACGUAAACUCGAACUGUACAAUGUCGACACGCGCUGGUUUGAGAGUUAUUUGGCCGACCACCAGCAGCAGGUGGUAGCUGAGAGCCACUCUGGCUCUCGAACUCUGUCGGCGGCGCUGCCGAACCCGAUCGGCACCUAUCAGGGGACAUCGCUCGGACCGCUCUUGUACAGCAUCUAUGCUAAUGAUAUGUCGCUAUUCGUUGAUGACGCGAGCAUCGUGCAGUACGCGGACGACACUCAGGUUCUCUACCACCUGAGAGUGAGCCAGGUCUCCGACUGGAGCGGCGCGCUGCGACUGGGGGUCACCUGGCACGACCCGGCCACGCUGACCUCCCUGCCGCGCUACUCGUUCCCCGACUUAAUCCGGCGGCCCGGGUUCUGGGUGCGCACCAUCCGCGAACAGCACCUCAGUGACGGCGCCAGGAUCCACUUUUGGCUGACACUGGACGGAGUUCUACACGUCUCGGUCAACCACCAGCAGGUCACCCGGCUGGCCACCGGCGUCGGCGAGGACAGGCCGCUCUGGGCCCUGGUGGACGUCUAUGGCAACACACAGUCGGUCCAGGUCACCGGGGAUGAGGAGACGCCUCUGGAGAUUCUGGCCCGCGGUCAGGCGGCGCGGGACCUGUACCGUCAGGUGCGCAGGGCCGGCACUGUACCGGUGUACCGUAGUCGGCUCUUCAUCAUCGGGAACUGCGGGGCCGGUAAGACGACGCUGCGUCACCUGCUGCUGGGCAGCUCUGCCGUCAGCCAGCCACCGCCGACCGCCGGUCUGGACAGCUCGGAUCUGUUCACAUUUCCCGUGGACGACCCGUCGGCAUGGCAACCGGACAGCGCCUCGGUGGGCAGCCGCCGGCCCAGCACCGGGCGCUGGUCGAGUGCCCAGAGAGAGCCGGAGGAAAUUGAGGAAGAGUACCAGACGGCCAUCGCGCGGAACGUGGUCAGAGAGCUGCUCAAGGACCGAAAGUCGCGGGAGAUGGCCAAACGGAAGAGCCGCUCAUCGUCGCGCCACUUCUCCAGCACGUUCAGGGUCAACCUCAGCCGCAGCAGCCUCAACAAGGUCAUGCCCAGGAAGGAUUUCGAGGUAACUGACGAGGGUGCACUGAAGGAGCUGCCCCCGGAGAUUGUCAGGCUGGUGGAGGAGAUGCUGGCUGAAUCUCCCGACAACAGCCAGGAGAGGAACGAGUCGCCCGAACCGGGACAGAAACAGCAGGUGACGGUGAGUGUGUGGGACUGGAGCGGCGACCCGGAGUACGAGGCCGUGCUCCUCCCCCUGCUGGGCUACAGAGGCGUCUACCUGCUGGUGUUUGAUGCCUCUCAGCCGCUGGAUGGACCGGCUACCAUUACCACCUGGGCGAAGGGUCAGGCUAGCGAGACUCCGGUGGAGGGCCGCACUCGUCUGGACCAGCUGCUCGACUGGCUGCAACUGGUGCACACAGCUGCCACACCGGGCUCAGCUGGCGAGGGGCUCGGCACGGGCACCCUGGCGCCGCCCGUGCUACUGGUGGGUGUGUGGAGCACACAGGACGACCGGCCGCCGCCCACAGAGACGGAGCUGCAGCAGAGCCGUCAGCUCAUCCGUCAGGCCCUGGAGGGCCGGCUCAGCGGCCGGCACGUUCACAGCCAGGUGUUAACCGUGCCAAUAUCGGGGGACGCGGCGGCCCUGAACGCCCUCAGAGGCUGUCUCGGGCAGCUGACUCUGAGCCAGGCGUAUAUGGGUGAGAAGGUGCCCGUACGGUGGCUGCGGCUCGAAGAGGAGGUGGCCAGGAGGGUGCGAUCCGGGCUGGUGGUGGCUACAUGGCCAGAGAUGGAGACGAUGGCGGCGGAGCACGACGUGGCCGGUGAGGAGCUGACGACCUUCCUGCGCUUCCACCACGACCAGGGCAGUCUGCUGCUGCACGGAGACGGCCCGCACCGGCUGGUGCUCCUCUCGCCCCAGUGGCUCGUUCAGCUCUUCGCUGACGUCAUCAACGCCAAACGGAAAUACUACCAGUCGGCGCCCAGCGGCUGGCGGCGUCUGGAGUCCGAGGGGGUGGUGGAAGCGGCCUUGCUGAGUCGACACUGGGACCAGUUGACCAACAGUGCCAUCACAUUGGGCGUCCUGCGCCGACUGGGGCUGGUCUGCCCGCUGGCGCCGCCGCCGCCACUCUACGACCUGGCGGAGAGCGUGCCUCUUCCCGAGCUGCUGCUGCUGCCCAGCCUCAUCUCCCCUCAGGCGAGGAGCUCAGAGGAGACCCCUCGGUCACCCUCUGACUCGCUGACCCUCUUCAUCGACUUCUGCGGCUUCCUCACCGCGAGUCUGGUGAGUCAGCUGGUGGUACGGCUGGCCGUCUGGACCCAGGAGAGCUCCCACCGGGCGCCACACGUGUCCUACGGCCGGGCGCGGCUCUUCGUGGACGGCUCGCACGAGCUGCUGCUGACCGCGGCGCCGCUCCACCUGGCCAGAAUACAGGUGACGGUGGCGCGGAUAUCUGUGCUGAUGGAGGACGGACUGGAGUCGUACCCCACCCUGCCGGACUGCGGACCCACCGGGGGACCCAGCCCCGACGCCUGUCUCCAGAUACAUCGCCGACUGGACUCCACAUUAGCCGAGGUGCGCGCGGCACUGUGCCGCCGUCUGCAGUGGCAGUUUACCGUCGAGUGUCCGUGCGGCCGUCCGUGCACCGUCCACCGGCGCGCCGACUGCCCGGCCCCCGAGUGUCUGCACACGCUGCCGCUGAACCAGUGCCUCUCCGGAGACACCGUCUACUGCGACUUCCGACGGGUGUCCGUGGAGCACGUGAAGCGCUGCUUCGAGCGCCGCCAGCCCGACCGGACGACCGAAGUCAGCCUGGCACCUGUGCUUCCCGCCCGCUACCUAAGUCGCCACGAGAGUCUCAGCUCGGCCUCUGCGCCUCAGUGGGUCAAACAGGCCGCCAAACUGCUCAACGCCGGAGGACCCGGAUCAGACUGGAUGGCAGUCGCCAAGAAAAUCGGAUACCGUGAGCACAAGAUAUCCGAGUUUGACGACUGUCUGGACCCGGGCCUAGCGCUCAUCACCGACUGGAUGCAGAUCUCGGGCAACAACGGCUUCAGCUUGGACAUGCUCUGUGCUGUGCUGGAUAGUCUGGCCAGAGACGACAUCUGCGCCGUGCUGAGGAACGUCUCCAAGCCGGAGAGCCCAGCGCCAGUGUUUAUCAGCUACCAGUGGGACCACCAGGAGGAGGCGGUGCGGCUGCGCGGACGGCUCGAGAGCACCGGCCUCCGCUGCUGGAUGGAUGUCGGACAGAUGGGCGGGGGCGACCUGCUCUACGAGAAAAUCUACCAGGGUAUCAGCGGCGCCAAGGUGUUUGUGGCCUGUCUGAGCCAGCAGUACCUGCAGUCACAGCUGUGUCUGCGCGAGGCGCACCUGGCCGACCUCCUGCAGCUCAAACUGGUGCCCGUCCUGCUGGAAAAGAUGCCGUGGCCUCCUGCCGGAUCGCUGGCGCUAGUCUUCUCACAACUCGUCUAUGUGGACUUCGCAGGUGUGGGCUGCCACGGCGGCCGCGGCAGGAGUGUCGACUGGGCGCGCCGGGCCGAUGAGCUAGUCCGACAGGUCAGCCAGCUGCUGCCGGUGGACGAGCGAACCGACACCGGGGUUGUGCAGGAGCAGAUGCAGCUCGAGCAGGUGACCGACGCCGGCACGGGCGGCUCCGACUCUGACGCGCCGGCCGAGUCGCCGCCGCCGCCCGAGCCGCCCGUCUCGCCGCCGCCCUGGCAGCCGCCGCCGGCCGCCGAGCCGCCCUCGCCGCCCUCACUCAGUCAGAGACUAAAGAUGGCCGCCGUCGGCUGCCUCACCUGCCGAAUACCCGUGAUCUGAAUCGCGAAACGAACGGUCUGAAUAUGAAAUCGUUCGAAAUGGUGCUUUGAACCUAGCCUCUUGGAGUACACUGGGCCAUCGCAUCUUUGUGAGCUGCUAAUGGGCAAAGAGCUGCACAGACUUCGUGCGUUUCAAAGUGUGCGGCUACGGAGGAACUACAAGCAGAGGCUAAG